GCCAAACUCUUUCUCUUUGAAUCUUUCUCUCUAUUGAAUUGUUUUCAAUACAACUCCAAUAGACUGACUAUAAUAGCGAUUAUAAUUACAUAAUAAUUAUAAGCUUUAAUUCAAACUUUUUGAUUUCAAUAAAAGUUAUUUCAUUUAUAUAACUGUUAACAAUGAACGGACAGAAACCCAACUAUAAAAUCGCGGACAUCAGUUUGGCUGAGUUCGGGCGCAAAGAGAUAGUAAUGGCUGAGCACGAGAUGCCGGGCCUUAUGACGAUCCGGAAGAAGUACGGCUCACAAAAGCCCCUAAAAGGCGCCCGAAUUGCCGGUUGUCUGCAUAUGACUAUCCAGACGGCUGUCCUUAUCGAGACAUUGACUGAAUUGGGGGCAGAAGUGCAGUGGUCUUCGUGUAACAUCUACUCAACCCAAGACCACGCGGCCGCUGCCAUAGCAGUCACCGGCGUUCCCGUCUAUGCCUGGAAGGGAGAGACCGAGGAGGAAUACCUUUGGUGUAUCCAACAGACACUGGUCUUCAGAGACGGACAACCGCUUAAUAUGAUUCUCGACGAUGGAGGAGAUCUCACGAAUUUGGUUCACGAGAAAUAUCCGCAAUACUUGUCAGGCAUUCGCGGCGUGUCUGAAGAGACCACUACUGGUGUCCAUAAUCUGUACAAAAUGCUGAAGAGCGGCCAAUUGAAAGUUCCGGCCAUUAAUGUGAACGAUUCGGUGACAAAGUCUAAGUUUGAUAAUCUUUACGGCUGUCGGGAAUCACUGACUGAUGGCAUUAAGAGAGCCACUGAUAUAAUGCUUGCGGGAAAGGUAUGCGUUGUCGCGGGUUUUGGUGACGUCGGCAAAGGAAGUGCAUCUUCGUUGAGGGCUUUUGGUGCGCGAGUUAUUAUCACUGAAAUCGAUCCAAUCAAUGCACUUCAAGCAGCGAUGGAGGGCUACGAAGUGACGACAUUGGAAGAGGCGGCGCCCAUCGCCAGUGUCUUCGUUACCACCACUGGUUGUAAGGAUAUUAUCCGCGGCGAACACUUCCUUCAAAUGCCCGAAGACUCCAUUGUCUGUAAUAUUGGACACUUUGACUGCGAGGUUGACGUCAAGUGGUUGGAGACCAACGCCAAGGAGAAGAUUAAUAUAAAGCCACAGGUCGACCGCUACACUCUGGCCAAUGGACGCCAUAUAAUACUGUUGGCUGCGGGACGGCUGGUGAACCUGGGCUGCGCUACCGGUCACCCGAGCUUUGUUAUGAGCUGCUCCUUCUCCAACCAGACAUUAGCUCAAAUUGAGUUGUGGACCAAUCCCGGCAAAUAUCCACUCGGAGUCUAUAUUCUACCCAAAAAAUUGGACGAAGAGGUGGCAGCUCUCCAUUUGCCACAUUUGGGAGUCAAAUUAACCAGGCUUACUACUGACCAGGCUGAUUACUUGAGUCUCCCUCAGGACGGCCCCUACAAACCAGAUCACUAUCGGUACUAAUCUCUUAUGAAUUGUCAUCUUUAAAAAUCUUGUUUGCGUUUUAAUUUUUUCUAGUAAUUGAUUUUCUGAACAAAUAAAUGAUUAUUUUUAUCAAUCUGUAAUGUACUGCACGCUAACACUUUAUACGACAUAAAGUUUUUCUUUAGAUUUUAUAUUACAGUAGAUUAAGAUCUGAUGUAUGAAUAGUAUCAUUUAAUUAGUUAUAUAACAGUAAUAACAAUUUUAAUAAAAUUUACAUAUUCUGUGUAC